GAAUUUGCCGGCUCUUCCUUCGUUUCAGUCUCAUCCUCAGUACAUUUCUCUCUCCUCUAAUGGCAGCACCACCAGAAGCACUAGCAGCAGCAGAACCACAGCGACGAGAUCAGACACAACAAUCACAGUCAGCUCCUCAGAUUUCGUCACAGCCAAUGGAGAAACCAUAUAUAUGAGUGCUGAAAAUGGAAGCAAUUACACCAACUCUUCUGAUAGGUUUCUUGACAGGUCAAAAACCUUCCAAAUGAUUGAAACCCCAAGAGAAAUAUCCUUCAAGGAGAUCGUUUCAGCCACCAAUAACUUCUCUGACUCGCAGCGUGUGGCGGAGCUCGACUUCGGAACCGCCUACCAUGGCUUCCUGGACAGUAGCCACCAUGUCCUGGUGAAGCGACUGGGAAUGAAGACUUGUCCUGCACUGAGGGAGAGAUUCUCUAAUGAACUCCAAAACUUGGGGCGGCUCCGCCAUAGAAACUUGAUUCAACUUCGUGGGUGGUGCACAGAGCAGGGGGAGAUGCUUGUGGUGUAUGAAUAUUCAGCAGAUCGUCUCUUGAGCCACCUUCUUUUCCACCAUGACAAUAAAGGCUUGCAAUGGUGUCAUAGAUACAACAUYAUCAAAUCUCUGGCUUCUGCCAUUCUUUAUCUCCAUGACGAGUGGGACGAACAAGUCAUCCAUAGAAACAUCACUUCAUCAGCUGUCAUUCUUGAUCUUGAUCUCAACCCAAGGUUGAGUUCUUUUGCCCUCGCAGAAUUCCUAACCAGAAACGAGCACGGCAAUCAUCAUGUAACCAUAGAUAAAAGCAAAUCAGUUCGUGGGAUUUUCGGAUACAUGUCACCGGAGUAUUUAGACUCCGGGGAUGCGGUGGCCACGGCUGACAUAUACAGCUUUGGCGUGGUGGUGCUCGAGGUGAUUACAGGACAAAUGGCUGUUGAUUUUCGACGGCCAGAGGUAUUGCUGGUGAGGAAGGUCCAUGAAUUCCACGCCCGUAAAAGACCACUGGAAGAACUUGCUGACAUAAGGCUGAAUGGAGAAUACAACCACAGAGAACUCAUGAGACUGUUGAGAUUAGGAAUCGCAUGUACUCACUCAAAUCCAGAUUUAAGACCAAGAAUGAGGCAGAUAGUUAAGAUACUAGAUGGAAAUGACCAAUGCUUCACUAAAGAAGAAAAAAUAGAGAGCCUAGAAGGUUGGAAACAGAGAAAUGCAACUUCUUUGUCACUGGUUAAGAGGAUCCAAGCUCUGGGAAUACAGUGAAAAACCAAAGUAAUUCCAACAAAAUUAAGGCACAAGAUGAGAUGUAUUCCAUUUUUUUUUUUCCGCUAAGACUCUCUCGGCUUCUUUUUCUUCUCUCUCUUUCCCCUUUGAUAGAUCUAUGCAUAGUUUUUGUUAAUAGUGUAAUAUAACGGAGAAGUUUGGCUUUCA